AUGGGAAAGAAAGUUGGAAUUCACACUUUCCUCGAAUUCUAUGCGAGGAAAGUAGCGAAGAUUGCUGUUCCUGUUGUUCUCACCCUCAUAUUAGAUGCAGUUUGCAUCCGUUUUAUCGAAAGAACACACGGAUCUGCUGAAUUAAACAGGAAUUUUGUUGAUACUAUGUCAAGAAAUGAUAGUGGAAUCAGCGUAACAGCAUCAAUUUGGUCCGCUGUUGGUAUUAUAUUCAUGAUUAUUGUAGUUACUGCGAUUUUAUUAACAUUAUAUUAUUUCGGCUGCAUGAAAAUCAUAUUCGGAUGGCUUAUUCUUGCUGUCUCAUUACUCCUUUCAAUGUAUUUCCUCGUAGGUUUUGGAACAUACCCUUCAAUUGUUAAUAUUCCAGUUGAUUACUUGUCAUUAGCAGUUUUUCUUCUCAACCUAGUCGUUGUUGGUAACAUGUCCAUUUUCUGGAGAGCUCCACAAAGAAUUACUCAAGCUUUCUUAGUUUUGAUAUCAAUUUUGACUUCUAUCGUCUUCAGAUACCUUCCAGACUGGACUGUAUGGAUUCUCUUAGUCUUACUUAUCAUCUACGAUGCUUGUGUCGUUCUUUGCCCCAACGGUUUGUUAAUUUUACUUUUGAAGAAAUCUGAAGAGCGUGGAGACGCAAUUCCUGCACUUCUCUACUCUGCAGCCGCCUGGGAGGAAGCAGAUCCGGAGAAAGGAAACCAAAAUAACGAAGAAGGAGACGGAAAUGAAGGAAAUCAAGAAGAUCCAGCAGAACAAGCAGAUAAUCAAGACAACAAUGAAGAAGAAGAGGAAGAGGAAGAAGCUGAGAACAACCAACCACAAGAAAAUGCAAACGGAGAGGCACAAAACGGAAAUCAAAACAAUAACAAGAAAAAGAAGAAUAUGAGUAAAAGAGAUAACGAAGGAAUUAAACUUGGACUUGGUGAUUUCGUGUUCUACGGCAUUCUUGUAUCAAGAGCUGCAAGAAUCGGUUGGGAUAUCACAAUUCUUUGCAUUUUUGCGGUUAUUCUCGGUUUAUCACUCACUCUCGUAUGUCUUGCUGUCUGGGAAAGACCUCUUCCAGCUCUUCCUUUCUCUCUCGCACUCGGAAUUGUAUUUUUCAUUAUCGGAGCGAUGACUUUCAGACAAUUCUGCGAGCACAUGAGAUGGGGCCUUGUUGCAUUCUAA